CAAUGUCACCCCCAUAAAAGAUUUUGAAGUUUUAAGGUAAUUUGUUGUAUAUAACCGAUAUUACUAUAUAUGCAAUACCUGACAAGGGUUCAGAGUAAGAGAGGUGUGGAACUGCAGAAUCAAUAGUCUCUGAUAAAACAGUUAUUGGAGAUGGAAAAUUUGGUGUCUUUGGUGCUGAUUCUGCUGCUGCUGCUGGUGUCGUUAACAGUGGGUGAUAGUGAUUUUGAAACAGAGGUCACAUAUGAUGGAAGAUCCCUUAUCAUUGAUGGUCACAGAAAAAUACUCUUUUCAGGUUCCAUUCACUAUCCUCGCAGCACUCCUCAGAUGUGGCCAGCGUUGAUAGCAAAAGCGAAAGAAGGAGGACUCGACGUGAUUCAGACUUAUGUGUUUUGGAAUCUACAUGAGCCCCAAAUCGGACAGUAUGAUUUCAGUGGUAGAUACGACUUGGUGAGAUUCAUAAAGGAAAUCCAAGCUCAAGGGCUGUACGUGUGCCUCAGGAUUGGGCCUUACAUUGAAAGUGAAUGGGCUUAUGGGGGAUUUCCAUUCUGGUUACAUGACAUUCCCGGCAUUGUAUACCGAACCGACAAUGAGCCAUUCAAGAUUUAUAUGCAAAAUUUCACGACAAAAAUAGUAAGCAUGAUGCAAUCAGAGGGUUUAUAUGCUUCUCAAGGAGGCCCAAUUAUACUGUCGCAGAUCGAGAAUGAAUAUCAAAACGUGGAAAAAGCAUUUGGAGAAGAUGGAUCACAGUAUGUUCAGUGGGCUGCAAAAAUAGCAGUGGGCCUCAAGACUGGCGUGCCCUGGGUUAUGUGCAAGCAAACUGACGCCCCUGAUCCAGUGAUUAAUACAUGCAACGGAAUGAAAUGUGGAGAAACUUUUACUGGACCGAACUCCCCCAAUAAGCCUGCAUUGUGGACAGAGAAUUGGACUUCUUUCUAUCAAGUUUAUGGUGGUGAGGCGUACAUAAGGUCCGCGGAAGACAUUGCAUUCCAUGUCACACUUUUUAUUGCAAGAAAAAAUGGAAGCUAUGUCAAUUACUAUAUGUACCAUGGCGGAACAAACUUCGGGAGAACAACCUCUGCCUAUGUCAUAACAUCUUAUUACGAUCAAGCUCCACUUGAUGAAUAUGGUUUUUUGAGACAACCCAAGUGGGGACAGCUUAGGGAGUUGCAUGCAGCAAUAAAGUCUUGUUCUACCACUUUAUUGGAAGGAAAGCAGAGCAAUUUCUCUUUAGGUCAACGGCAGGAGGGUUAUGUUUUUGAAGCAGAAGAAGGGAAGUGUGUUGCUUUCCUUGUAAACAAUGAUUAUGUGAAUAUGUUUGAUGUCCAAUUUCGCAACAGAUCAUACAAAUUGCCUCCAAACUCAAUUAGUAUCUUACCAGAUUGUCAAAAUGUAACUUUCAAUACCGCAACUGUAAAUACAAAGAGCAACAGAAGAGUCAUAAGUCCAAUUCAAACAUUCAGCUCAGCGGAUAAAUGGGAGCAAUUUCAAGAUGUCAUCCCUAACUUUGACCACAUUGCGUUAAUAUCAAACACAUUACUUGAGCAGAUGAAUGUAACCAAAGACAAAUCAGAUUAUCUAUGGUAUACUCUGAGGUUUGAAAAUAAUUUAUCUUGCAGUGAAUCAAAACUCAAUAUUCAGUCUGCAGCUCAUGUUACUCAUGCUUUUGCAGACAACACAUACCUAGGAGGGGCACAUGGAAGUCACGAUGUGAAGUCAUUCACCACAGAGGUUCCCCUAACACUGAAUAAAGGGACAAACAAUAUAUCUAUACUAAGCGUUAUGGUUGGAUUGCCGGAUUCAGGAGCAUUUCUUGAACGAAGAUUUGCUGGCUUAACAACAGUGGAAAUUCAGUGCAGUGAGGGGUCCUUCGAUUUGACCAAUUCUACAUGGGGAUAUCAGGUUGGAUUACUGGGAGAGAAAUUACAAAUAUAUGAACCAAGUAGCAAUGUUCAAUGGAGUCCAUUAGGGAAUACUUCCAAUCAAAAUCUCAUUUGGUACAAGACAACAUUUGAAAGACCGAAGGGUGACGAGGGUGUUGCGUUGAAUCUUGAAUCAAUGGGAAAAGGAGAAGUUUGGGUGAAUGGACAAAGCCUUGGUCGAUACUGGGUCUCCUUUCAUGAUUCUAAAGGCCAGCCUUCACAAAUACUGUACCAUGUGCCGGGAUCAUUCCUCAAAGAUACCGAAAAUGUUUUGGUUUUGUUUGAAGAAGAAGGUGGGAAUCCUCUUCACAUCUCCCUCAACACGGUUACCACUACAACUACGGAUGACUGAACCAUUUCCCAUUUCCCAUGGUUAAUUUAUAAAUUAUACAAAGAAAAUCGAAAAAAGAGAAACACACUUGUGGCAGUACAGAAAUUUUUUCUUGUGCCCUUCGUAGAUUCAUAGAGAAUCAAUUGAUACGAGAUGUAUUUUCUUCAAAGUUUGAUUGAGAUUAGUAAAAUCAAUACUCUUUAGGAAUUUGCUGUAAUAUUAAAGAAAUGUGUAAAAAUGAAUGUUGUUUACUUGA